UAACAAUAUUACAGUGGCAUGUCAGUGACAAACAAUUGCCAACAACAUGACUUCAAAAGAAAAUAAUUUAUCAAUACUUUAUAUUGAAUUAAACAAAUUGGGACGUAGUGCCAAUAAUGACUAUGAAAAAGCUCUUAAAGUUGCAAAUAAAAUUCUUGGACUUGCUCCAGAUGAAGAGGCUGCAUUUAAAUGUAAAAUUAUUUGUCUAAUUCAAUUAUCGAAAUUCAAUGAUGCACUUCAAUUUAUCAAUAAAAAUCCAAAAUUAUCAACAAAUUUGGAUUUCGAAAAAGCAUACUGUCUUUAUCGAUUGAAUCAAGUACAAGAAGCUUAUAACGUUGUUGAGAAGAUACAAAAUCCAUCAAUGAAAAUAAAAGAGCUUAAAGCACAAAUACUUUAUCGUCUUGAAAAGUAUGAAGAUUGUUUUACAGUUUAUCGUGAUAUAAUAACAAAUUCAAAUGAUGAUUAUGAAGAUGAAAGAGAAACAAAUUUAGCAGCUGUAUUGGUACAAUUAGCUGUUAAUAAUUCAAAACUUGAUGUACCAGAACUUCGUGAAGAUACAUAUGAGUUGACAUAUAAUUCAGCAUGUCGUUUAGUUGCACAAGGUGCAUCUGGUGAUCGUAAUACUCUUAUUGAAGCUGAAAAAAAACUUCGUUUAGCUGAAAAAAUGUGUAAAGAAUCAUUGGAAGAAGAUGAAAGUACUGAAGAAGAAAUUGAUGAUGAGUUACGAAUAAUAAAAGUACAACUUGCAUAUUGUUUACAAUUACAAGGUCGUGAAAAAGAAGCACAAGUACUUUAUACAAAUGCACUUAAAGCAAAACCUGAUGAUAUUGCAUUAAUUGCAGUUGCAAGUAAUAAUUUAAUAACAUUAAAUAAAGAUCAAAAUGUAUUUGACAGUAAAAAACGUAUGAAAUAUGCAACAAAUGAUGGUUUAGAACAUAAAUUAACAUCGAAACAACGUUGUAGUAUUGCAUAUAAUCAAUGUUUAUUAGCAUUAUAUACAAAUCAAGGUGAUAAUUGUCAUCAAUUAUGUAAAAAAUUAAUGCAAACAUAUCCACAAUUAUUAAUUGAUGCAACAAUUGUUAGAGCUGUACAGCUUAAUAAAGAAAAUAAAAUAAAAGAAGCUGUUAAUUUAUUACUUGAUCAUACAUCUGAAUUAUUUGUUAAACUUGUAAGUGUACAAUUAUUAUUAUCACAAGGUGAAAAAUAUGAAGCAAUUAAAAUACUUGAAAAUUUAAAUGAAAAAGAUAAAGCAUUACCUGGUAUUGUAAGUGCACUUGUAACACUUUAUAUGGCUGAUAAUAAUCGUGAUAAAGCAUCAGAAAUAUUAAAAGAAGCUGUUAAUUAUUAUAAAUUAAAUAAAGAUAAAUCAGAAAAUCUUGGUACAAUGUGGAGACAAGCUGCUGAUUUUCAUUUACGUAGUGGUCAAAUUGAAAUUGCUGCUGCAAGUUUAGAAUCAUUAUUAGAAUUAUCACCAACAGAUAAAAAAACAUUGUCACAAUUAGUUAUUGCAUAUUCAAAAUUUUCACCAGCUAAAGCACAAUUGUUAUCUAAAAAACUUCCACCAAUGGAUCAUUUAUCAGAGGCUAUUGAUGUUGAUGCAUUGGAAACAAGUAAUUGGAUUAUUGGUACAAAAGUUGUUAAAAGAAAAAUUGAACCAUCACCUGCUGGUGGUUUAUUAACAAGUGAUUCAACUGGACCAAUUGUUAAAAAAAGAAAUAAAAGAAAACGUAAAGGUAAAUUACCUAAAAAUUAUGAUGCAAAUUCAUUACCAGAUCCUGAAAGAUGGCUACCAAAAUAUGAAAGAACUGGUUAUAGAAAAAAAAGAGAUAGAAGAAAUAGAGAUACUGCUAUGAAAGGUACACAAGGUACUGCUGCUGGUGCUAGUGAUCUUUAUGAUAUAACUAAAAUGCCAGCAAAUGUUAAACCAUCACCCAAUCCAAGACAAAGUCCAGCUGUUGAAACUUCUGGUCCAAGACAACAGCAGAGAAAAUUUCAACAAAAAAAAAAGAAAAAAGGUGGUAGAUAGUUAAACUAUUUAUCUACAAAAAUUUCAUAAACAAUGUUUUUUUUUUUAAUCAAUACUUAUUAUAUUAAUAACAAUAAUAAAAUGCUUUCAAAUAAAAAAAAAUUUGAUUAUUUUGCUGCAACAUAAUUUUUAUUUACUUUGUUUUUUCACAAUGAAAUUACAUAAUUAAUUUUUUAAUUUACAUAUUUAAUUAUUCUCUGGUAACAACAACAAUAAUUUGUGUAUUUGACAUAUUAACAUAUAUGUAUCAAUAUUCAAAUUUUCAUUUCAACAGCAAAAAAAAAGAAA